AUGUAUACAAACGACUUCUCGAGAGUCGAACACAACGCUAAUGAUAUUUGGACAUUCCUAUGUGACUUCCCAGUGCUAUCCUCGGGGUCAGAUGAGUUGCUGGUGCCGGGCUACUACUACUCACUAGAAAAGGGAGGGCGCAUGUACGGAUAUCUUAAAAUCGCAUCUGUGGAGGACCUGGACGACAGUCUGGUGGUGCCGGACGUGCCGACGGUCAAGGAAUCCGACCCAGAAAAGACCGAAACGAAUCCGGAGAUUCAAACGGCAAAGUCAAAGAGGAGGUACCCGCUAUUCUCAGUGAGGGUGCGGAAGCCGAAGGGGAGCAGGCUGAGAAACCACUACAGCUACCUGCACCUGUAUCGCUCGCUGUUCGACAAGGACGGCAUGGAGAAGCCGGAGGUCCCGAAGAAGGCGGACCCGCCCGAGGACAACAGCCUCGACAACAUGUUCCUGGUGCUCAUCUCGCAGAGCCAGUGGCAGCUGUACCUGGCCACAGGGCCCUACGACACAGUACAGCCCUCGAGGAACAAGCGCGGCUUCGUGUACUAUACCAACGUCAUCUCGAAGUUCAGAGUGCCCGUCACGCGCGUGGGCGACGUGGUGAGCUUCGAGUACGUGGCGGACCAGACUGACCGCUACGUGCUCAUGCUCUUCAACCCGGACCAGCGUAAGCUGAAGCUGGAGGGCUACGUGAAGUACGAGAACAAGGCGCACCCGAACCUGCCGAUCGAGAUGCGCUACCACUCGGCGGUGCUCAGGUUCUGGUGGUUCGCGUUCCUGGUCGCCUUCUUCGCCUCGGUCACGUACACGUACUUCUGCGUCGCCACCGGCGUGCAGAAGCUGAGCUACCUGGUCUCGCUCAACUACCUGCUCUACACCACCUUCCUCGUCAUGGACAUCGUGAUGCUCCAGUUCAUGACCGUCGAGGGCAUGGUGCCGCGCUUCUUUUGGGGCAUCAGCCACAUGCUGAAGAGGCUGCACGAGAUCUACAUCCUCACCAUCAUGGUGCUCAUGUCGCUCGGCUGGAAGGUGCUGCGCGACCGCCUCAGCGUCGUGGAGAAGCAGCUGAUAAUGUCCAUCUGCGGCGUGUGCAUCCUCAUGGGCUUCAUCGAGGUCGCCGUGAGCGGCUUUGACAUUUCGCGCUACCUCGUGCACGCCAUCGCCUGCGUGUGCAUUCUGGUCGCGGCCAACUUCAACAUCGUCAUCAUCAACACGAGGAUCGCCGACGAGUCGCUCACUCCGCAGGCCGGCGUGGCCUACAACCACAUGAAGAUGUUCACCAGGUUCAGGCUCGUCUUCUUCGUGUACAUGUUCAAGCCCGCCAUCUUCUCCAUCUUCAGGUUCGUCUGCCUCCAGCCCACCUUCGACCAGGUGAUCAUUUGGGACCAGCACCUGAACCUUUUCCUGGACCUGACGUUUGACUUUGCGAUAUACACCUACCUCUUCUACAACUUUCUUCCCAGCGGCAAGAAGGGUCUUUUUAAUCACAUUUUUCAAAACCAGGUUGUCACACACGAGACCUAA